AUGCCCCGUCUCUGCCCACAAUGCCCCGUCCCUGCCCUCGCUGUGCCGUCCCCCUGCCAUCUCCCUGCACUUUCCCCCUGCCAUCUCCCUGCCCUUUCCCUCCCCACUCCCUGCCCUUUCGCUGCCUUCUCCGUGCCCUCUCCCUACCCUCCUUGCCGUGUGUGCAGCAACCAGCGCAGUCACCGCAGGAAAUUCUGCAGCCUGUACCCCCACGACCUCACCCUCCUCGGCCUCGCCUCCACGCUGCCCCUCCACCCGCCCUGGUGGCCGCACACCGUGGCGCCGGGAGAGGGGGAAGGGCAGGGGGGGACGAAAGAGGAGAGGGAUGGGGGGGCAGUGGAGGCGGAUGGGGUUUUAAGUGAAGUGGGGAAAGAGAAGGAAGGGGAGGAGGUGUACGGGUCGAAGAUGAACCUGCGGUGCUCAUCGCACAAGCGCAGUUUCAUCCCCAUAUCGCGCACAUGCGCGUGCUACACGUGCACCCGCCACACGCGCGCCUACCUGCACCACCUGCUGGACGCCCAUGAGAUGCUCGCCCUCGUGCUGCUGGACAUUGGCUGUGCUGCUGGACAUGUGAGUGGCUGUGCUGCUGGACAUGUGAGUGGCUGUGCUGCUGGACACGUGAGUGGCUGUGCUGCUGGACAUGUGAGUGGCUGUGCUGCUGGACAUGUGAGUGGCUGUGCUGCUGGACAUGUGAGUGGCUGUGCUGCUGAUGCUGGUGGUUCUCUUUGCUGCAUUGUCGCAAAGCGAGGGGUGAGCCGCGAGGGGGGGGGUGUGGCACACGGGAGUGAAGUAGCGCUGCCUGGAGUGCUCAUGAAUGGGGAGACGGGGCUACUGACUGAGGUGGAGACGGGGCUACUGACUGAGGUGGAGACGGGGCUACUGACUGAGGGGGAGACGGGGCUACUGACUGAGGGGGAGACGGGGCUACUGACUGAGGGGGAGACGGGGCUACUGACUGAGGUGGAGACGGGGCUACUGACUGAGGGGGAGACGGGGCUACUGACUGAGGGGGAGACGGGGCUACUGACUGAGGGGGAGACGGGGCUACUGACUGAGGGGGAGACGGGGCUACUGACUGAGGGGGAGAUGGGGCUACUGACUGAGGUGGAGACGGGGCUACUGACUGAGGGGGAGACGGGGCUACUGACUGAGGGGGAGACGGGGCUACUGACUGAGGGGGAGACGGGGCUACUGACUGAGGUGGAGACGGGGCUACUGACUGAGGGGGAGACGGGGCUACUGUCUGAGGUGGAGACGGGGCUACUGACUGAGGGGGAGACGGGGCUACUGACUGAGGGGGAGACGGGGCUACUGACUGAGGGGGAGACGGGGCUACUGACUGAGGGGGAGACGGGGCUACUGACUGAGGGGGAGACGGGGCUACUGACUGAGGGGGAGACGGGGCUACUGACUGAGGGGGAGACGGGGCUACUGACUGAGGUGGAGACGGGGCUACUGACUGAGGGGGAGACGGGGCUACUGACUGAGGGGGAGACGGGGCUACUGACUCAGGGGGAGACGGGGCUACUGACUGAGGUGGAGACGGGGCUACUGACUGAGGUGGAGACGGGGCUACUGACUGAGGGGGAGACGGGGCUACUGACUGAGGGGGAGACGGGGCUACUGACUGAGGUGGAGACGGGGCUACUGACUGAGGGGGAGACAGGGCUACUGACUGAGGUGGAGACGGGGCUACUGACUGAGGUGGAGACGGGGCUACUGACUGAGGUGGAGACGGGGCUACUGACUGAGGUGGAGACGGGGCUACUGACUGAGGGGGAGACGGGGCUACUGACUGAGGUGGAGACGGGGCUACUGACUGAGGGGGAGACGGGGCUACUGACUGAGGUGGAGACGGGGCUACUGACUGAGGUGGAGACGGGGCUACUGACUGAGGGGGAGACGGGGCUACUGACUGAGGGGGAGACGGGGCUACUGACUGAGGGGGAGACGGGGCUACUGACUGAGGUGGAGACGGGGCUACUGACUGAGGGGGAGACGGGGCUACUGACUGAGGUGGAGACGGGGCUACUGACUGAGGUGGAGACGGGGCUACUGACUGAGGUGGAGACGGGGCUACUGACUGAGAUGGAGACGGGGCUACUGACUGAGGGGGAGACGGGGCUACUGACUGAGGUGGAGACGGGGCUACUGACUGAGGGGGAGACGGGGCUACUGACUGAGGUGGAGACGGGGCUAUUGACUGAGGGGGAGACGGGGCUACUGACUAAGGUGGAGACGGCUGACUGA